GCUUAGUUCAAUAUUUUUUUUUUUCAAUUUUCGAACUAAUUUUUUUUUUUGGUUGUUGAUAAUUUUGAUUGGAUAGAACCAGGACUGUAUAUAACAACAGUGAUAUAUUAAUUUAGACAGACAGACAAACAGAAAAAGUUCAAACUAUGAAGAACAUUGGGGUAAAUGGUUAAUAUAAGACGAUUUCAUAUUGUUAUUGUUUGCUUUUUAAUAGUUAUCGUAUCAAUGCUGUUGUCAUAUAUAGCAAAGAGAAGUAGUAUACCAAUUGGUCGUACUUUUGGUCCUAGAACAGCUUUAAGAACUACUAGAUCAUUUAGUUUUUCAUCAACUUCAGCUAAAUCAACUUCUAAUUCUGCUAGUACUUCAACUUCAUCAGCAGCUGCAUCUAACUAUGACAAUUCAAUCCAUACUUUAAAGAAUUAUGAUGUAGCUGUGGCUUAUCAACCUAAAGAUCGUGAAGAAUCAAAUUUAUUUAAAAAGAAGCAUAAUAAACCAAGUCCAGCUCUACAAUCACCAAGUGGAGAAGAUAACCUUUUUGUGUCUAAACAAUUCGAAGAUGGAUAUAUCACAUUGGGAGUAGCUGAUGGAGUUGGUGGUUGGUCAGAAGCAGGUUAUGAUUCAUCAGCUAUAUCAAGAGAAUUAUGUGCCUCAAUGAAAUUGAAAUUUGAAUCCUUGAAUGAUAGAAGUCAAAUAACUCCUAAACAAUUGUUAUCCCUUGCAUUUGAUGAUAUAUCAACUUCUCCAAAAGUGGAGAUUGGUGGUACUACGGCAUGUUUCGGUAUAAUUUCACCUGAUAAAACUUUAAAAGUAGCGAAUUUAGGUGAUUCAUGGUGUGGAUUAUUUAGAAAUUAUCAAUUAAUAAAUGAAACCAAAUUCCAAACUCAUAAUUUCAAUACUCCAUAUCAAUUAGCAAAGAUUCCUCCUCAAAUAAUAAAACAAGCAGAAUUAGAAGGUAGAAGAUAUAUAAUAGAUUCACCAGCUGUAGCUGAUGAAUAUACUUGGGAUUUGAAAAGUGAUGAUAUUAUAAUGUUUGCCACUGAUGGUGUCACUGACAAUAUUAUUCCUAAAGAUAUAGAACUCUUUUUAAAAGAUCAAAUAGAAGGUAAGAAGAAUAAUCUUGAUACCAUUGCAAAAACAUUUGUUAAGGAAGUAGUUAAAGUAUCCAAAGAUCCUAAUUUCCCAAGUGCUUUCGCACAAGAAUUAUCAAGAUUAACAGGUCAGAAAUACUUGGGUGGUAAAGCUGAUGAUAUAACGAUAGUAUUAGUUAAAGUGCAGUAG